UUUCCCUGCAACUCUCCGAUAUCCCAACCUCACAAAGCUAAUGUGUCAUUUACGAUCUUCUCCUUCUUCGUCAUCUUCUUCUCCUCUUCCUCCAAACCCUAACCCUAAAGUACGAUUUCCCGCCAAUGUCUCAAUCCAUGAAUCUAUCUAUUUCUUCCAACUUUCCCCACCGAUCCCUCCUCGAAUUAGGAUUGUACUCCACAUCUUCCGCUAAAGCCCGUAAUCCCUCCCCUCUCAGACCGUCAUGCGUCUCCUCCGGUUCGGAAUCCAGCGAUUCAGCUCCUAAAACCCUAACUUCGAGGCUGAUAUCGCUCCUCAGAGCCAUCCCGGACUGGGCGGAUGGCAUAAAGGAGCGGCGGAUGCAGCAGAAGCGCUCUCUCUACACUCACGAGAAUUGGCUCGAGCACAGAAGCUCCCUCCGGCACGUGCGGCACGUGCUAUCGAGCCUAUCUUCGCGCGUGAUACUCUCUCUCAUUCCCCCUGUUUUCUUCUUUACCACCUUCGCAGUCGUGAUCUCCGGUUACAACUCCGCCGUGGGUUUGCAGUGGUUGCCCGGUAUUUUCCCAGUUCUUCGAGCCUCUUCGCUGCCAUACCAGCUAACAGCGCCGGCUCUGGCACUGCUGCUGGUGUUUCGUACGGAGGCUUCGUAUUCGAGGUUCGAAGAAGGGAGGAAAGCCUGGACGAAGGUAAUCGCUGGAACCAAUGAUUUGGCGAGGCAGGUGAUUGCCUCCGUUGAUAGCUCAGGCGAUGAUUCGGUCAUCAAAGAUAUGCUUUUGCGGUACAUUACAGCUUUCCCUGUUGCGCUUAAGUGUCACGUGGUUUAUGGUUCAGAUAUUGCUAGAGACCUUCAAAAUGUGCUAGAAGCUGAUGAUUUGUCCUUAGUCCUCCAAUCAAAGCAUCGUCCUCGCUGCGUCAUCGAGUUCAUUUCUCAGAGCCUUCAGUUGCUAAAAUUAGAAGAUUCGAAGAGAAACUUGUUGGAAUCGAAGAUGUUGCAUCUACACGAAGGCAUUGGUGUUUGUGAACAACUCAUGGGCAUCCCAAUUCCACUCUCUUACACACGUUUAACGUCGAGGUUCUUAGUCCUCUGGCAUUUGACUCUCCCCAUUAUUCUCUGGGAUGAUUGCCACUGGAUAGUUGUUCCUGCCACUUUCAUCAGUGCUGCCUCCCUCUUCUGCAUCGAAGAAGUGGGUGUUCUUAUAGAGGAGCCAUUUCCUAUGCUGGCCCUGGACGAGCUAUGCGAUCUUGUGCAUAGUAAUGUUCAGGAAGCUGUUAAAUCCGAGAAAUUGAUACGCAAGCGGCUCAUUGCUAAGAAAAAGCUCCAUCAAGUCAAACACUCGCCAAAUGGUUGGCAUAAAUCUUGAUUGCUCGUCAUUGUGGAUACACGUCGGUUGGAUUGGAUCGUCUUCUUCACUGGCAUGCUGGAGUAGGUAAAAAGGCAAGAAAAUGCAUUUCUCAUUUGCCCAUUAGCUUAGCUUUGCUGCUACAUAUUGAUAUUGUACAGAACAAGACUGAGUGGACGAUGGUAGGGAGACUUUACAUUCUGCUUUAUGUAUGCCUUCUGUAUAUAUGUAUGUAUAUAUGCCAAAGCCCUUUGGUGGUAUGUUGAUGUUGCAUCUCACAAAUAUGGGCUUUAACAUAUUGGGCUUCAAAAAGCUAUGUUAUCGACUCAGCUCACAUAUGAAUGAAUGACCCCUUCCUCUUUUUC